AUGGGCCGCAACACGCAGGCCGCCGACCCAUGGGAGGUCAUCGAGGAGUGCGUGCGAUACCUUGAGGGGCUCCACCUCCCGGACGUGCUCUACCAGCGCUGGGACAGCAUGGGUGACGUGCGCCACGUCCAGCGCGGCCUCGCCGCCCGGCGCCACGGUGUCCUUGACAGCGUCAUGGACCCGUCCGUGGUCGUGAGCGUGCUCGAGACGCAGCUCCGCGAUCUCCACUCGCGCGAGUACUUGGUGUUUUCGCCCUUCCUCUACAUCGAGCUCCUCGACCUCGGCCGUGCUGUCGGGCGCAGCAAGCACGAAACCUUGGUGUGGGUGCGAGCUCUGUAUGCGCAGACGACCGAGCCGUACCGGAGCCGCAUGCGCACGAUGCUUGGCUUUCUCGCGACGCAGUGCGACGUGGCCGAUAUGGACAAGACACUGUACAUCGUCGAGCGCUAUGCGCCCAUGCUCCUGCGCGACGGCAGCAGCGCGUACAUGUCGCUCCACCACAUGGAGAGCUUUCCCGCCGCCACCGAAUGCCUUCUGCUCUUUCUGACGCAUCUGGACCGUCUCGACGGCGGACUUCUGCCAACGACGCUCCGCCAGCACAUGGAUGAGAUCUUGCACGACACCGUGCACGCAAGUCUCUUUGCCGCGCCAGCGCCUCGUCGCAGCAUGCCAGGUACAAGCACAACAGUCGUCUCACGGUUCCUCACGACGUCGGCAGUCGACGCGGCGGCGACUCGGAUUCAGGCGAUGACGCGCGGGUGGCAGAUCCGCCGCUGGAUCGGGCUUCGGCUGCUGUACACGUCGGUGUCGCUAUCGCCCGUGAGCACCUUUCGGCGGCACUACCUCGGGAUGACCAAGCGCGUUCUGCACUGGAGCGUGCCGGAGCUGGUGGCCGAGAAGCGGCGACUCAAGGCGCGCCUUCGAGCCUUCGAUGAAGCGUUUACGCGGACGCACCACCGCGUGCCGACGCCGUCCGAGAAGGAUCCUGCCCGUGCCACGUACGAGAUCUACCAUUUCCUGCGCAUCGUACUCGACUACCAGCGGCAGCAAGACGACGCGGACCCAACGUCGUUUCAAGACUUUCUCCAGACCGCGACAACGAGCCAGCUCGCUAAUGCAAGGGACAAGUGCCAGCUCCAACUGCUCAUCUUUGAACGGCACUUUUACCUCUGCUGCGGCGGCAAGGUCGAAGACGAAGAUGACUAUGGGCAUAUCUUGCCACGCUAUCUCCAGUACAAGACACUAACGGGCAAACUGGCCGAGACGGCGUAGAGACGUUUGAUUGACUAACUGAUUUACUGAUUGAUAUACUAGUACUCGAAGCAGA